AGUAUGUACGUCAUUAAAAGUUUCUAGUCAUUAAAAGAAAAGCAGCUAGGCCUACGUAUAGCCUAUCCUGAAUAAAAUGCCGUCAUCAAAAGUGAACGAAGACAUCCAGCGAGAAAGAGAAAAUUGCAGUUUUGAUGUCAGUGAGCUGACAAAUUUUUUAGAUGGAGGUCCCGAGAAAACUAAGGAAAGAAAGGAAAUGGAGGACUUUUUCCUUAAUGACCCAGAGCUGAAGGAUAAAGUUCCUUCCGAAUACUUAAGCCACAAGGAAAAGUACCAGGAAGCGGUUCGUAAAUCUUGCAUCUUAUUCCGGAAAAUCGAUGAAUGGCAAAACAUAAGUAACAAAGGUGGAGGCGUCGGUAUGUAUGAGUCGGUGUUGGGCGGUGCUUUAGGCAGUGCCAUUGUCAAGGAAGGUAUCCCAUUCUCCCUUCACUACGUCAUGUUCGUGCCCACGCUGAUGGGACAGGCCACCAUGGAACAACAGGCUUACUGGAUCGGCAGAGCCUGGAACUGUGAGAUCAUGGGAACGUAUGCACAGACUGAAUUGGGGCACGGAACAUUUAUUCGAGGAUUGGAGACAACGGCUCACUACGAUCCAAAGACAGAAGAAUUUGUCCUCAAUAGCCCAACACUCACAUCGUAUAAGUGGUGGCCUGGAGGGUUGGGACACACAGCCAACUACGCCAUUGUCAUGGCUCAACUGCACUCGGCUAAUGUUUGUCACGGCAUUCACGCCUUCAUUGUACAGCUCAGAGACGAGGAGACACAUGAGCCCCUACCAGGUAUCAAAAUAGGUGAGAUUGGUGCUAAACUAGGAAUGAACUCAAUAAACAAUGGCUAUCUUGGAUUUGAAAAUUUCAGAAUACCUCGAGAACACAUGCUUAUGAAGAAUUCAAAAAUCAUGCCAGAUGGAACGUACAUAAAGGCGCCCAGUAACAAGUUGACGUACGGUACAAUGAUCUUUGUGAGGGUCGCUCUUGUAAAGGGGGUGGCCAGUAGUUACCUAGCCAAGGCUGUUACCAUAGCAACAAGGUACAGCGCGGUGAGACGCCAGUCUGAGAUGAAGCCUGGUGAGAGAGAGCCCCAGAUACUGGACUACAGAACACAGCAGUACAAGCUGUUCCCUGCCCUAGCCACCAGUCUGGCCAUGCUGUUCUCUGCUAACUGGCUGUGGGACAUGUACAACAAUGUCACUGGCGAGUUGGAACAGGGGGACAUGGAACGGUUGCCUGAGCUGCAUGCCAUCGCAUGCUGCCUGAAGGCGGUGUGCACGAGUGACGCGGCACAGGCUAUAGAGGUGUGUCGGCGUGCGUGCGGUGGUCACGGCUACAUGACGUGCAGCAACUUCCCCGCCAGCUACGGUCACACGACGGCCGCCGAGACUUACGAGGGGGAGAACACUGUGCUGCUACUACAGACUGCCAGGUACCUGAUCAAGGCGUGGCACCAAGUAGGAAGUGGAGAAAUGAUGCCUCCGACAGUGAAAUACCUGCUGAAGAAACCAACGUCGAAACGGUGGGAAAACAAGAUGGCGUGCUUCAUCAAGGCGUACCAACAAGUCGCUGCUGGUAAUGUGGCUCGAUGUGCUUCUACAAUCGAGAGAAAGAUCAGAACUGGAACUUCCACAGAAGAUGCUUGGAAUGAAACGUCAGUCCAGCUAGUGCAGUGUGCUGAGGCUCACUGUAGAGCAUUCAUUGUGCAGACAUUCGUAGACACUCUAAACACAGCCAAGGCCACCAUGUCACCUGAGCUACACGAGGUGUUGACUCAACUUUGUGACCUCUACACUGUCUACUGGAUGUUGAGGAAUCUUGGUGACUUUUUAAUGUUCUCAGCCCUAAAGCCGGCCAAUGUCCAAGGGCUUCAGGCGAUGCAAGACUCUCUGCUACAAGCCAUCCGUCCCAACGCUGUCAGUAUCGUCGACGGCUUCGACAUCAACGAUGCAAUCAUCGCAUCUCCCCUGGGCGCCUACGACGGCAAUGUUUACCAACGACUGUUUGACGAGGCCAACAAAAGCCCUCUGAACGAACAGCCGGUAGACGAGUCGUUCCACAAGUAUUUGAAACCAUUCUUAAAAUCGAAUCUGUAGUGGCAACAGAAGUUUGCCAAAGUUUCAUGUCGAUAACAAGUUUGGUUGGUGAUGAAUGGCCUUUUUAACAUUAAUAGACAACUUGUCCUGCUCAAAGUCAUUCCUAUCUUUUUGCAGUGACAAAGUUUUUUUUGUGAUUGAUCGUUACGUUUUAGAUUUAACCAGAAUAUAUCCCUCCAAGUGCAUUAUGCAGAGUUGUAAAUUGUUGUUUAAUGUGUAAUUAAUAUCAGGGUUUUGCUUUAUGAUAUCUACAACACCAUCAAACAAUAUGAAAAGAAAACCUUGGGAGUCACACUAUAAGUCCUAACAUUCCCAUGUGAAGAAUUUUAAAGAAUACAUAAAUACCAAUUCAUAUAUACCAUGUUUAAAAAAAAAUAUAUUCACAGAACUAAAGUUAAGGGCAUUGAAGUUCUAAAACCUAAUAUGGCUUUGGUGAAUAAAUCGCUAGAAAUAUUGUUUGUGUACUUAAAAAGAGUUUAGAAUUAUGAUUAAAUAAUAAUAUAUAUUUUUAUAACUUGGCUGUUGUUUAGUAGGGAAUUUAGGUUAGGUUAUUUUACUCCUAUGUAUUAUUUCCUUUUUAACAGAAUACUAUGUUUUAUAACUUCAGUAAUAAUACUUUAUUGAUAUUACUGAUAUAUUAGUACCUUAAAGUGCAUUUAUAUAUGUUAAAUUUUAUUUUAUUUUAUUUUUGUUAUUUUCAUACUCUUAUUUUCUAUACCAUUGUUGUUGUUUAGUUAGUUAGACAAUUUAAUUCUAUCUAGUUUACCCAUAAAAAGUAGUUUACAUGAUUGCCAAUUAUAAAUUAUUAAUCAUCGAGAUGGGGACGAUUGAUAGGAGACAAUAAAAUACAUGUUACUAUAGGCGUGAUGGUUGUUUUAUGGUUAACAGGAUAAAACUUCAGUAUUAAACCAAAUAUGACUCAGUACAGUAUAUUUGAAUUUGUAUUAAUAACAUAAAACAUAACAUACCAAUGUGUAUACCACUUUUUUUACUGUAAUGAAAAAGCAUUCCAUUGUUAUUAUCUUCUAAUUUAAAUAUAAUCAUUUGCAAUGCUUUUAAGUUUAAGUUAAUAAAACUAUCCUGCACCUUAUAGACUGAGGUUUUUAAUUUGUUUACAACAAAUGUGUAUUUGCUCUUGCAUAUAUGGUUUAGGAUUAGCACAACUUCAACGAUAGCACUUUUUAUCAAACACUGAUAUGUCAUUGAACAUCCAAACAAAAUAUUUUUGGGUGACUGGUACAUCAUACUGCAUGGCUCAAUUAGGAUUAGAUACUUGUUAUAUUACCAAAUGUUUAUUUUUGUUGAAUAUUGAAAAAGGAAUAUAAAUAAAUAUAGAACAUGGAAA